CGCACGCGCGAGGAGUGGGGAGAAGAAAGAGAGAGAGAGAGAGAGAGAGAGAGAGAGAGAGAGAGAGAGAGUGAAACGAAGAGUUAGCGACCGGAGAAGAGCUGUUCUGGUCUUCCAGCCGCAGUUUUUAAAAACAAAUCUGAGCAAUAUUUUAUUUAUUUAUUUUAAAUGAACUGUGAUGACGUUUUGGCUGAGUUUGUGAUAUUCGAGCUGGGGUUUGAAGUCCUGCGAAGGUCUCAAGAGGUUUCUUGGACUAAACUGUCCCGACCUUUAACCAAGCGCUGCAACUCUGCUGCCAUACUCCUUCCCGCUUCUUUGAGCGGCACCCAAAUGUUUGUUUAUUUGUUUGGGGUGGUUUUUUGGUCAAAAAUCGUCAAGUCGUUGACUCACCUGUGUUUGGAUUGCUACUUUUGAGCAGAAAGACCCCUUAAAACUGCUCGUUUCGCCUUUCUGUUCCUCUCCUUUCCCUCUGGAGCUGAAGGGGCAACAGCGGUUUGGCUGUGGCACGCGGUGUAAAACAAAAAAAAAACAAAAAAAAAGAGGGGGGGAAGAGUCUCGCGACGGGAGGAGCUGUCCGGUGCUGAAAGCACGAGCCUGGACGUUAGGAAGUGUUUGUUGGGAGCUGUCCGCGUGCUGAAGACCAGCGGUUUGUUAGAACGAGACCAUAAUCUUUCUUUUAGAAGCAACGGAUUUAAGCACGGCACGAGGGACGUUUUUAACGGAGCAGCCAUACAGAAACUGACUUAUAUUCUUUUAUUUUCCAGCCUUUAGGACUCCACAGGUCUUCCAGUGGCAAGUUAACGGGAUGAAAACAGAUCGCUUUCUCCAUGAGAUCCAGCUAUUACUUGCAGACAUAGCCUAUAUUUGACAAACCACCGCAAAAAAAAUAAAAAAAUACAUUAAUAUUAUGUGUGGUAAACAUGCAGAAGCACACGAGGAAAGCUCGGCUUCUUUGAUCUUUAAAAGCCAUGUCUCCACUUUUCCAAGGUGUUUGACGGAAGGGAGCAAGCGUAGCUUUAGUGGCUGAAUUAAAGUAAAUAAAUAAAAUUACACGGUUAAAAUAAAAAUCAGCUGAUAGGUUGUGAGUUUAGACUGAAGUUGGAUAGAAAAGCGUGUGUUUGUCGUGCAAGUGUAGGAGCCAUCAUGCCUCGGUCUUUCUUAGUGAAGAAAGUCAAGCUGGACGACUAUUCGGCUGCCGAUCUGGAGAGCUCGUAUGGUCACAGCCGAAGAGAAGAGCUCAGUCUGCGAUUCCAUCAUCAUGACAAAGGCUACGUCAGUGAUUAUCUGAGUCCUAAUCCUUACGACGAUGUGGUUGGAAGCGAUUCAUCAGUCAUCUCUAAAGUACCCUCCCCGAGCCACUCAUCGGUCAUCUAUGGCCGCAUCAACAACACAUAUUCUGGCAUCCAUGGUGAUAUCCAUGGCGAUUCGGACCAGCCAGACAGUCCCCGGUCUGAAGUUUCGUCAUCAGCCGGGGGAUACAUCAACGGCGACACAGCUGUGAGUGAAGGAUACAGCGUGGAUGCGUUUUUCAUCAUGGACGGACGAUCACGAAGGAAAACCACGGGAACCCUGAGGGGAACUGCCCAGAGGCACACCUGCAGUGAGUGUGGUAAAACCUACGCCACAUCCUCCAACCUGAGCCGGCACAAGCAGACGCACAGGAGCAUAGACAGCAAGAUGGCUAAGAAGUGCCCCACAUGUGGGAAAGUGUACGUCUCCAUGCCAGCGAUGGCUAUGCACCUCCUGACCCACGACCUCAAGCACAAGUGCGACGUGUGCGGCAAAGCGUUCAGCCGGCCGUGGCUGCUGCAGGGCCACAUGCGCUCGCACACGGGGGAGAAGCCGUUUGGGUGUGCGCACUGUGGCAAAGCGUUUGCUGACCGGUCUAACCUGCGUGCUCACAUGCAGACACACUCAGCCUUCAAGCACUAUAAGUGCAAACGAUGCAACAAGACGUUUGCACUCAAGAGUUACCUGAACAAGCACUAUGAGUCGGCGUGUUUCAAGGGGGCGUUCUCCCCUCUGAGCUCCCUGGGAGACUGACUGGGGUGGUUUUAAUUUGUUUACAUGCAAUUUUCCUGGCCUCAUUCCCUACUUUUAUUUCUUUCCCCCAAAAAGCAGAAUCUGAGUGUUACAAGGUAGGAGUGUUUUCUCUGCAAGAAUCACGAGGUAUAUGACAAAAAUAGAUUGAAGGCAUCCGUUCCUAUCAAGAACCCUCCAAUCUCUCCUUUGUUUUAUCUUCCCUCAUCUGAGAGUGGAGUGAAAAGUUUUCAAUGCCUAAUUUAGACUGUCACCUGCGUCGAUAAGUUACUUCCCGUUGAGGCUUUUUGAAAUAUCUGUGAAGAUAAAUAAAGCACAGCACAUCUAGCUCAUCAUUUUUGAAGAUACCUAGAUCUAUUUAUGUCCAUAUCUACCCUCAGCAUUCUGUUAUUUUUUUUGUUUUCCCAAUCCACCAGGAAAUGACACUAAAGCACAACUCAUCUCCAAUCUCCAAGCAUGAAUCACAUCAUCGGUUUUCUUCCAGUGAGAUUCAAUGAGCUUUCAAGUUUUAUGCGUUUCUAAAAACAGACCUUCAUAAUCUAAGGAUACAUGUGGUGUCCUGCUUUUACUGAGACCGACCUUGGACUGAGCUUACAAAGAUAAAGCAUCAAAACAAGGAAAGCACACAGCGUUUCUCCUGUGCAAGUAAACAAGAUACUUGUAAUGAUAUUUAUUUAUACAACCGGACACCCGCAGUAUACAGUGUCUGUAUACGUGGCUUCUGACAUUACCACAAUGAACUGUGAAGAAAAGACACACCUGUCACAAUGUGGUAGUACAGGCAGUACACCUGUGUGGUGAGAAAUGACGUAUUUUUAAAACCGUGGACAAAAGAGCUCUUUUCUUUACUUCUAAGUAAUGUUGGGAUAUGCGCUUACUUAACCGCAAACAGUGGACCGUUAUGAGUUCCAGUUCAGGAUCAGAUGGCUAAAAACUCCCACUGAGCCACCAGGGUAUUCCUUAACAGUUUUGCUAUAACCUAAAUCUGAUGUUAUUAUUAUUAUUAUUUUUUAAUUUGUCAGUGUUGGAUGGGGAUGGAGACAUAAAAAAUGUCCUGGAUUUCCUCAAAAGGUCAAACCUUUUUCCAGUGUUGUAUAAUAGUUUAGUUGCAUCAAGAAGCACAGCAUUCAUCUUUGAGGUUUUUAUCUUUUUUUAAAAA